AGGAGGUGCAUGUGACUGAAGGAGUCCAGCCACUGAGUUGGGUGCAGAAGGUUACUGGCUGUCCUUGACAACAGAAGAGCUUUCCACCUGCCUGCACUAAGAUGGUGACUGCCAAGGCGUGGGCUCUGAAGAAGCACUUUGAGGGUUUGCCCAAAACCAGUGACUUUGAACUGAAAACAAUAGAGCUGCCAAAGCUAAAGGAUGGAGAAUUACUGCUUCAAUCAGUGUUUCUCAGCGUUGAUCCUUACAUGAGACCUUACAGUCGAAGGGACAUGAAGGAAGGGGAUAUAAUGAUAGGCACACAGGUUGCCAGGGUUGUAGAAAGCAAGAAUCCUGCUUUCACAGUGGGGGCCUUUGUCCUGGCUGACAGAGGCUGGAGAACUCAUUUCAUCUCUGAUGGGAAAGGGCUAUACUUUCUUCCUUCGCCUUGGCCAGAAUCACUCCCCAGAUCUCUCGCCCUUGGGACAGUUGGCAUGCCAGGCCUCACUGCAUAUUUUGGUCUGCUGGAGGUCUGCAAAGUGAAGCCAGGAGAAACAGUGCUGGUUACUGCUGCAGCUGGUGCUGUGGGCUCUGUGGUGGGACAGAUUGCUAAAAUUGCAGGUUGUAAAGUGGUUGGCUGUGCUGGCUCAGAUGCCAAGGUUGCCUAUCUGAAAAAAAUAGGCUUUGAUGAGGCCUUCAACUACAAAACUGUUGCAUCUUUGGAUGAAGCACUGCGUAAAGCCUCUCCUGAUGGCUAUGAUUGUUUCUUCGACAAUGUGGGUGGAGAAUUCUCCAGUAUUGCUGUCAACCACAUGAAGAAAUACGGAAGGAUUGCAGUCUGUGGAGCCAUCUCUCAGUACAACACCACUGUGCUUCAGAAAGGGCCUUACAUUCAGCCACCAAUGAUCUUCAAAGAGCUUCGAAUGGAAGGGUUUAUUGUGUCUCGCUGGAAUGACCGCCGGGAGGAAGGCUUGAAGGCACUGAUGAAAUGGAUCAUGGAGGGAAAAGUGAAGUACCAUGAGCAAGUCACUGAAGGAUUUGCGAACAUGCCAGCAGCUUUCAUUGGAAUGUUGCAGGGAGAAAAUCUUGGAAAAGCUGUUGUAAAAGUCUGAAGGCCACAUAUUCCCAGGAGACUGCUGCAAGGGAAUGUGAUUCUGCCACACAGAUUUAACUUGUUAUGUUUCAGUCUUUCUGCUGCACAUUUGGGGAUCCUAACUUCUGUUAAUAAUUGAGCUAGUAAGUGUGUGGCAACAGCUUUGCUUCUGAAGAAAUCGAGAGUUGCUUUGUAAAACUGCACAAAAAAAGCCUUAAAAUUAAGAAAUUCAUCAUAACUAACGCAUUUAAGAGUGAUCUUGCUGAACCUCGUAACUGACAGAUUCAAUAUUGGCUUGAACCUUUCUAUGAGUUGGCUUGUAGAAAGGAAAAGCAAUUCCAAAAGCAUUGCCAGCUGAUGGCACAUCUGAUGACUAAUGUUUACCCACAGAUGUGGCCCAGAACUUGGCAAGAGGGACUGUUUUUUAACCAAUAUCAAGGAAGAAAGAACAGACUAACACCACCUAGGUGUACCCAGCUUCCUCACUGGAUGGGGUUUUUUAAACUUUCAUCAUGAAAUGUAGACACCCUUAGUUAUUCUAAGAUAAUGGAAAGAAAAAAAUAAAUCUG